AGGGCAAACAGAUUAGCUCCAAAGAUAGGGUUUUGUUUCGAUUUGAGAGUUAGGGUCGGCGAUCUUCUCCAUCUCCUUCUUCCCCAUGGCGCAACUCCGGAGCGGCGGGAGACGCAGACGCUAAUGGCGUUUGGCGCCAUGGAGAGCCCCGAUCGUUUGAAGAAUUCCUCCUCCCUGGACAUGGCGAUCGAUUCGGGUCGAAAACCCGAGGCCAAGCGGAAAAGCCCGCCUCGUCUCGCUUUAAAAGAAUUCCAUUUUGCCAACGGAUCCAUUUCGAGAUGGGGAAGAGGAGCUCCAAGGAGUGUUUGAUGGAGAAAUCGGAGGCCAACAAGAAGCCGACACAGAGUAGAAAUCCAUUGAAGGAUCUCAACGGCGGCUCGGUUCCUCCUCCUCUGGGCUCCUCGGAGGCACCCACAGGGGGGUGCUUCAGAUUCUUGCUCUCUCAUUCCUCUGACAAAGAAUCGCUAGCCCGGUCGAAGCCAGCGCCGAUAACUCACCGAUCGGCCCCUUCGAAUUCUAGGAAUGUACCCUCCAACUCCAAGAACCCUACGAUCCCCUCGAGGUAUCAAACCUUCCGAAAGAACACAUCAAAGUCCGAUGUUGAAGCCGACAAGCAGCUCGGAUCGAGGAAAGCAUCGAAUCCAAGAAACGCGGAUCUCUUUCAGCGGUGCAAUAAGAGGAAACAUAUCUCCAACUGCAAGAAUUUUGAGAAGUUGAUGAGUACACCGACUUCGGCCACCAUUCCUCCCGUUGAAGCAUCCAUUUCGCCGGAGGUUCCCGUGAAGGCCUCUGCAGUGGCUGUGACACCUGUAUGCUUCGCUGCAGGCCAUGUGAUCGCCAGAGUGCGCGACCGGAGGAAAUGUAGGGCAAGAGGCAUACUUACCGUCGGCGGAAGGGAGCCGGAGGUUGAAAAGGUUCGUGUUGGACGUACUGAUCGAACUCAGGCUUCUGUAACACUCCCUCCUCCUCCUCCAGCGGAGGCAUCCAUGCAUUGGCUUUCUUCACCUUCAGAGAAUGUUGAUAUGGCUCUCGAUAGCAGUUUCAAUUCUAGUUCUAAAGUUCUUGCCGCUGAAGCUUCUGUGGAUUGGCUUCUUUCUCCUUGUAAAGAUGGAGAAGGUAUGCACAAAGAUGAGUUGUUGAUGGGGAACAGAACUUCACCUGAUCGUGGAUCUUGGAGGUUUUUUCCUGAUAAUUCUAUCAGGGAGAAAUCACCUGAACUCAGUGGGUUGAUGAGCCUCGAUUCUCCAAGUUUAGAAACAACACUGUCAUCUGGUAUUGGAAUUCAGAAAACUCCUAGGACUGGUGGUAGUGUCAGUCCUUUCUCUAUGAUCCUAGGGAUCGCAAAGACAUCCAAAACCAAACGUAUUAGGCCUCAGCAAGAGACGGGACGACAUCAUAAUUGCUCUGUCUUAGAGAACUCGCUGUUUUCUGGGAACUCUUGGAUUGAAGGCCAUGUUACCGGCAAGCCAUCAUCUUUUUCGAGUUCAAGAAAGAAAUAUGAUCUGGGUGAUUUUAAGAUGGAUGCAAUGGCAGAGUCUCUUGAAAACGUUAGCUUGUCACCGGAGCCACUAAGCAAUGAUACAAGUCGUCGAGCACCAUUGCCUGGGCUUAGUUUCCAGUUUCGAUGUCAUACGUCAAACUCUGUAGAUUUUAAUCAUUUGCAGAAUCUCUACUGUGAUAGGAUCUCUAUUGUAAAGGAUGCUUCUGCUAAAGAAGAGGUUUUACCUAGUUCUCAAACAAGGGUAUCGUGGAGAGAGGAACCUAUCAGUAGGGUCUUGGAGAUGGGGAAGUUGGAUCACUGCCAGUGGCUUUCAGAUUGUGACAACUUUGUUCACCAUGAAGGACACAGAGGAGCAUCCAUUCCUGAUCUUAAGUCUGACUGUGGAAGUAGCAGCUCCAUUUUAAAGAAUCCAACAGAACCUAUUGCACCAGUUGGUUUUGGAUAUGUUGAGUUUGUGUCUGAAGCUAAAAGGAGUGAAACAGAAGUUUCUCCACGAGGACCUAUCUCAUGUGCAGAAUCCAUUGGCAUGGAGGGGCUUGUGCUGGACUCUUCUGGUGAUUCUGAUUGGACAUUGUUCUACAAAAACCACUUAUUUGAAGUCUUGAACAUUGAUCCCAGAUAGAGCUUCCAAUGUGGAUGGGUGCAGAGCCUUUGAAGG